UUUGGUUUAAAAAAAAGAAAAAGAAAAACAAAACUCAGGGAAUCAUCGUAGUUUUAUUACAGCUCUCGGUUCUGUAAUCCCAAAAUUUCUUUUCUUUUCUUUUCUUUUCUUUUCUCAUCAUAAUCCCCACCUUCAUCAUCUACUGUCACUUCUCUCUUACUUUUUUUUUCUUUUUUCCUUUUAAUUUUUCUCUGUACCAAACUUUCUGUCAUUUUCCCCCAGCAUUUCCUUUUUUUCUCUUUUCCUCUCUGUUUCCAUCUUUCUCUCUAAUUUACCGUUUCGUUUUUCUUUUGGGAAAGGAUUUGAAUUUUUUUAAUGAUUCUCUGAUAAGAAAGCUUCGUUUAUUUGAAUAAUUUGGUGAGUUUGGAGAGGGCAUUGACGGAAAAUUGUGUUGAUUUUACGUCGGAAUUGGGUUAAUUAUAAUUCAAUUUGAGAUUCCGAAUCGGCGAUCUGUGGUGGUUUUGUUGAAAGAGAGGGGCAUCGAAUUGAGAUGUGCUCUGAUUGGUGGUGCUAGAAAGAAAGGGUUUUGGAUCCGAUCAGGGAAGUAACAGCGCCAUCAGAUGGCGCUGUUCAGACGUUUCUUUUACCGGAAGCCGCCGGAUCGGCUUCUUGAGAUCUCCGAACGUGUCUACGUAUUUGACUGUUGCUUCUCCGCGGAUGUAUUGGAAGAAGAUGAGUACAAGGUUUAUAUGGGUGGCAUUGUGGCUCAGCUACAAGACUAUUUUCCCGAUGCUUCUUUCAUGGUGUUUAAUUUUAGAGAAGGGGAGAGGCGGAGCCAAAUUUCAGACAUUUUAUCUCAGUAUGACAUGACUGUUAUGGAUUACCCACGGCAAUAUGAGGGAUGUCCAUUGCUGCCGCUUGAAAUGAUACAUCACUUCCUUCGAUCGAGUGAAAGCUGGUUGUCAUUGGAAGGGCAGCAGAAUGUGCUUUUGAUGCACUGUGAAAGAGGAGGAUGGCCCGUACUCGCUUUCAUGCUUGCUGGUCUUCUGUUAUAUCGGAAACAGUACAAUGGUGAGCAGAAGACUCUCGAAAUGGUCUACAAGCAAGCUCCUAGGGACCUUCUCCGGCUUCUUUCUCCUUUGAACCCUCAGCCUUCCCAGUUGAGAUAUCUUCAGUAUAUUUCUAGAAGAAAUUUGGGUUCUGAUUGGCCUCCUUCUGAUACACCUCUAUUUUUGGAUUGCCUAAUUCUUAGAGUUCUUCCGCCCUUUGAAGGGGGAGAAGGGUUCAGGCCAGUUGUACGUGUUUAUGGACAGGACCCCAAAACACCAGCCAAUAGAAGUUCUAAGCUUCUGUUUUCAACUCCAAAGAUAAAAAAACAAGUUCCUUACUUCCUAAAGGAAGAGUGUGCAUUGGUGAAAAUAGAUAUACAUUGCCAUAUUCAAGGGGAUGUUGUGCUUGAGUGCAUCCAUUUAAAUGAAGAUUUGGUACGUGAAGAGAUGAUAUUCAGAGUUAUGUUUCACACAGCAUUUGUUCGAGCAAAUAUUUUGAUGCUCAACCGUGAUGAGAUUGAUGUGAUGUGGGAUGCCAAGGAUCAAUUUCCUAAGGACUUUAGAGCAGAGGUACUUUUUACGGACCCUGAUGCUGUUGUCCCUCAUCUCACCAGAGUUGUGUCGAGUGAGGAUGGGAAGGAGAUAGAAAUGGCUUCUCCGGAGGAAUUUUUCGAGGUGGAAGAGAUCUUCAGCAAUGCAGUCGAUGCACUGGAAGGAAAGGUGGAUGAUGACAGUACAAUGGUUCAUGACAACAAGCCAGAGCAGAAAGACGUCUGCAGGGAGGAUGUGGAUCCUCCUACAUUUCAAGAUUGUGCAUCAGAUGAUGCGAAUCACAAACAGGAUGUCAAAGUUGAUUCUAGUAUAAAUGCAGUGAAGGACAUAGCUGUGGAUGAUGUAAAUUAUAAAUUAGCUAAGAGGAUGGAUUCUGACAUUAAUGUAGUGAAAGAUAUAGCUGUUGAUGAUGGAGACAUUAAGGUCGAUUCAGUGUUAUUUACUGUCGAUGUGAUGAGCGAUGGAGAAACCAAGGAAGUGACUGAGGAUGUGCUUGGCAAAUUGGAAGAGAUGGAGGAUAAGGGCAAUAGAGAAGACAGUAUUCAACUGAAGAAUUCAGAAUCUAAGAUGUUGCAGCAAAGGUUGAAAACUGAUGUUUCCAAACCUAAACCUGAGAAGAUACUGCCUUCUCCAAAGAAACAGGCUGGGCUGGGACUAAAACCAGCUUCAGAUUCUGUUCUGGUGAAACCAAAGAGCAAACAACUAGAAUCUCAGGGCCCUCCUGCAAGACAAGCAAAGCCAAAUGCCAUAUCUCGGUGGAUCCCUCCUAACAAAGGCUCUUAUACCAAUUCGAUGCAUGUAUCAUAUCCUCCUUCACGAUAUAAUAGUGCACCUCCUAUACUUUCCAGUAGUGUGGCUUUGAAGGAAUCAAAUUCAGGUGCCAAUCAAAGGGGCUCUACUGGAGCUGUGAUUCCAAAGGAUGUUUCAUCCGAGCAAAAAAGUCUGAAGGCUGACCCUAUGAAGCCUUCAGACUCUCCAAAAGAAAUAUCUACCACUCCAAUAAUUCCAACAUCACCACCCUGUCUGCAACAACCGGUGUCUCUUCCACCUACCCCACCACCUCCUCCUCCUCCUCCUCCUCCCCCACCUCCACCUAGAUCUUCUUUGUUGGUUUCACAAUCCUUUCAGGAAAAUUCAACAUCUAUACUACCUCCCCCACCUCCUCCCCUGCCAGUGACUGGAGAUGCUGUUUCUAGAAUGUCUCUUGCAUCACCACCUCCCCCUCCCCCUCCACCACCAUCUUACAUAGCAGCAAAUGUACAGAAUAUUGUGAUGGUUUUGGAAACUACAUCGGCAGCUGCUCCUCCCCCGCCUCCCUCUUCCCCAUUUUCUAAUAAGCAGACUGCUGCACUGGUGUUGCCUCCUCCACCACCUCCACCACCUUGGAAGUCUGGUUGUUCUUCAGUUGCCCCUACUGUACUACAUUCUGCACCACCGCCACCAACACCUACUCCACCCCCUUCUCCAUUCAGAUCAGUAGGUACAUCAAAACUUGGUAAUAUUCCUCCUCCCCCUCCCCUCCCACCAAUUCAAGGUGGUAUGGCUCCAUUGUUCAUGCGUGGAGUGCCAUCAGCCCCUCCGCCACCCCCACCCCCACCCCCUCCAUUGCGUGGAGCUCCAUCUCCUUCUCUACCUCCACCUCCCCCUCCACCACCACUGCCUCCUGGUCACGGAGCUUCUCCUCCUCCACCUCCUCCACCACCCCCACCUAUGUCUGGUGCCCCACCAACACCACCCCCAUUGAUGCCUGGUGCCUUACCUCCUUCAAAAUUUGGAGCCCCUACUCCACCCCCUCCUCCAUUGCAUGGAGUGCCACCUCCACCUCCUCCCCCACAUGGAGUGCCACCUCUUCCUCCUCCAAAUGGAGCACCACCCCCACCACCUCCACCUGCUCGUGGAGCACCAGCACCACCUCCUCCCCCACAUGGAGCACCACCCCCACCACCUCCACCUCCUAUGUGUGGAGCUCCUCCAUCUCUAGGUGGAGCACCACCUCCACCGCCACCUCCUGGAGGUCGAGCUCCUGGCCCUCCAGCUCCACCUGGAGCUCCUGGCGGUGCACCUCCUCCACCUCCACUGUUGGGUGCCAGAGCAGCUGAUGUGCGAGGAAGAGAGCGUGGGCUAUCACGUUCAGCAGCUGCUACAGCACCUCGGAGAUCUUCCUUAAAGCCUUUGCACUGGAGCAAGGUCACAAGGGCAAUACAAGGAAGCUUAUGGGAAGAAUUACAAAGACAUGGAGAGCCUCAAAUUGCGCCAGAAUUUGAUGUGUCAGAGCUUGAGACUCUUUUCUCUGCAGUUGUUCCUAAACCUGCUGAUUCAGGGGGUAAAUCUGGAGGGCAACGGAAGUCAGUUGGAUCAAAAACGGAAAAAGUCCACCUGAUUGACUUGAGGAGGGCCAACAACACUGAAAUUAUGCUCACUAAAGUUAAGAUGCCACUUUCUGAUAUGAUGGCUGCAGUGCUAGCAAUGGAUGAUACGGUAUUGGAUGUUGAUCAAGUGGAAAAUCUCAUAAAAUUUUGUCCAACAAAAGAGGAAAUGGAACUUCUCAAGGGCUACACUGGUGACAAGGAGACUCUAGGGAAGUGUGAACAGUACUUUUUGGAACUGAUGAAAGUGCCACGGGUAGAGUCAAAAUUAAGAGUGUUUUCUUUCAAGAUUCAGUUCGGCUCUCAGAUUUCUGAAUUUAAAAGGAGCUUAAACACUGUAAAUUCUGCAUGUGAUGAGGUUCGAAAUUCCCUUAAACUGAAGGACAUAAUGAAGAAAAUUCUCUAUCUGGGAAAUACAUUGAACCAAGGAACUGCAAGGGGUUCUGCUGUUGGGUUUAAGUUGGACAGUCUUCUAAAGCUCACAGAUACUCGCGCUUCUAACAGCAAGAUGACGCUAAUGCAUUAUCUUUGCAAGGUCCUAGCUGCCAAGACACCAGCACUUUUAGAUUUUCACCUGGAAUUUGUUAGUCUUGAGGCUGCAACCAAGAUACAAUUAAAAUCUUUAGCAGAAGAAAUGCAAGCUAUAAUUAAGGGAUUAGAAAAGGUUAAGCAGGAGCUGGCUGCCUCUGAAAAUGAUGGUCCCGUGUCCGAAGUAUUCCGGAAGACACUAAAGGGAUUCGUUUCUGUUGCUGAAACGGAGGUGGCAUCCGUAACAAAUCUAUAUUCUGUGGUGGGUAGAAAUGCAGAUGCACUUGCACUCUACUUUGGUGAGGAUCCUGCCCGAUGCCCCUUUGAGCAAGUUACUGCAACACUCUUAAAUUUUGUGAGGUUGUUUCGAAAAGCACAUGAAGAGAAUAAAAAGCAGGCUGAAUUGGAGAAAAAGAAAGCUGAUAAGGAGGCUGAAAUGGACAAUGCUAAGGGAAUUAACCUUACAAGGAAGGGUGCAAAAUAGUUGAGGAUCAGUUUCUCUCUACCUAUAAGGUAAUAUGCUUCUGCAAGCAGCAGGCGUCUGUGCUAAAGAGUUUGACUGAAUGACACAGGAAAUGCUGCUUUGAGUAAUGUUGAGAUGCCUCAUAUUCUCUGGUAUUGGUUCAAUUUUAAGCCUCCAGAGAUGUUGUAAAUGAGGUGAGAGGGCCUUGUCCUGGAGGCUUCCAGGCCAUGAACCAUGCAUAGGGCUUCAGGAGACAUUUUUUAUGGGAAGAUGUUCGAUCCCAUUACUGUGAAUGAUGAGUGAGUUUUAUGGCGUAGAAAUCUGAUGGACCAAGCUUCUAAGCAGAGUGGUUAUGAUCACAACCAAGUAGCAGAGGUUCUGAAUGCAAGUUAUCAAGGUCACUGCUAUGGCCCUUGUAGCAUUAUUCUCAGAAGGAAUUUGUAGUCAUGGGCCAGCACUUCGCAAUGAUAGGCGAUUUCUUUUCAGCUUCCGCCAUUCUCUGAAUGCAAGUUAUCAAGGUCACUGCUAUGGUCCUUGUAGCAUUAUUCUCAGGGGGAAUUUGUAGUGAUGGGCCAGCACUUCGCAAUGAUAGGCGAUUUCUUCUCAGCUUCUGCCAUUCCUUUGGCAUGUGUUUUUCAGCACCUGAGCGGAUGCCUGUGGGAUUGUAAAGCCAAAAAGUCGCAAUGUACCAUGAAAAAGUGUAGUGUACAAAGCUCUAACCAUCCACUUACGGUAGAAUUCAAUUCUUUAUCUUGUAACAUAAUCUUUUUCUUUUUGUUUCCAUUCCUGAAAAAAUUGGGAUUUUUGACAGUAGCCCACCAUAGAAGAGAUUGGAUA